AUGCUUUCCCACUUUAGUGGCGCGGCGGCCGGCAGUGAGGAGUUCUCGGUGACAACAUUGCUGUGUCAAGUGUGUUCGGACAAAGCAAGUGGAUUUCACUACGGAGUGUUCGCUUGUGAAGGAUGCAAGGGUUUCUUCCGUCGUUCGAUCCAGCAGAAAAUCCAAUAUCGUCCCUGCACACGAAGUCAAGAAUGUCUGAUCGUUCGAAACAAUCGAAAUCGCUGUCAGUACUGCCGCCUGAAGAAGUGUAUCAUGGUCGGCAUGUCCAGAGACGGUAAGCCUAAUUUAUUUCGAAAUUUGACAGUUCGCUUUGGACGUGUGCCAAAACGCGAAAAAGCGAAAAUGGUGGAGGAAAUGCAGCGAACAUCGGCUCAAUCGCAGCUCGACGCAUUGGCCGUUCAGUUCGAAAACGAGGCAGACGCUAUUGAAAGGAUCGCAGCGGCGUUCACGUUACUCUGCGGCACGAUCGAGUCCUGUGUCGUUCCGUUGCCGACUGGUCGUUGCCCAUUGCAGUUUCACUCGUAUCUGACGGCAAUCAAGGGCGUCGUCGAUUUCGCCAACACGAUCCCUGGAUUUCUUUGCCUCGCCCAGACGGAUCGCAUUCAACUUCUUAAGGUGAGCUCCGCUUAUGCGCUAAACACCCGUACGAGUAAACAAGAGAUGUAUCGUUUUCAGAGUUGCGUGUUUGAUGUUCUGCUGCUGGCAUCGGCGACUCGGAACAAUGGUCAAGAUGCUGCCCUACCGACAUCACCUCUCCUUGCUCAUUCGUUGGUCCACUUCGCUCAUCGUCUUCGUACGUUACCUGCCGGCUGUGCAUCGCUGCUGGCCGCUUUGGCGGUCUGCCAACAGGACGUUCUUCUUCCGUUGCCGUCUCUGUCGACACGUCUAGUCGAACGUCUCUGGUGGCUGAUGGCUCGAGUUGGUGGCCCAGCGACGUUAGCCGUCGCACCGUCACUUCUUGCUGACGUCCGCACUCUACGCAUGUGGCAUAAUGACCGUCUCCGUACACCGUCGGCGAUACCGACAUGCGUUCCGCUACCGACGCCCAGUUCUGUAGAAGUGUCACCGCCAUCGGUGCGUUCGUUCCGUGAACGACAUGCGUCGAUCGCAUCGCUUUUGGAGAAACCACCGGUGAGCAUUCUUUCACCACGAUCUGUCUCCAGCGAACCGGGAACGAAGACGGAUAUCAAAAUGGAGAUCAAAAUGGAAGACAACGAGGAGCCGCUGAAUCUGUGCACCAGAGAGGAUGCGAAACCGAUCAAAGUAUGGACUUCCGCGGCACCCGGGAUGUCUCCGCGAAGUGUAUCAGUCGCUCGGAGGUAG